AUGACCAGCAAAUAUCGUGUCGAGUACGCCCUCAAAUCCCAUCGUCGGGACCAGCUAAUCGAAUGGGUAAAGGGCCUCCUCAUCAGCCCUUUUGUCCUCUUUUCCCAGCCGGCCGGCGAUUUUGAGGAUGACGAUGAAGUCUUUGCCUCCAACACUGCUGAGGUCCGCCGCCGCUAUGCCGAGAUCAUGCGAGACAUCGAGGCCAUGAUCGACGAGCACCGCCUGCUGCAGGACUUGCAGUCGCUCGAGACACCCAAACAAUCGCCACGACCGUCACGACUGCAGAUGCUCGUGCCAACAGCAGGGCCCUUUUUUACAGCCUUGCCACUGGAGGCGGCGUUCAUGUACCAGGAUGCGCGGCGGCACAUCUCGUCGCGGCGGCUCGUGCCACCGUCAUUUAACGACGUGCGGCUGACCCUCAACACGGCGCAGCUGAUGGCCCUGACGGCUACCUCGGCCAACGGCACAAGACACGGCCGCAACGGCGCCGUCGUUGCGCGCAGUGCUGACUCGCUGCAGCUGGUGACGUUUGAUGGUGAUCUCACGCUCUACGCCGACGGGCAGAACCUCGAGCCAGACAGCCCCAUCAUUCCGCGCAUCAUGGCUCUGCUGCGCCGCAACAUCAAGGUCGGCAUCGUCACGGCGGCCGGCUACGACGCCGCCGAGAAGUACUAUGAGCGCCUGCACGGCCUGCUUGACGCCGUGCAUACCUCCACCGAGCUCUCGGACGCACAAAAGCACAGCCUACUGGUUGUCGGCGGCGAGGCCAGCUUUGUCUUCUCCUACAGCGCCACCGCCCCUCCAAACGCCCGUCUGGCGCCCGUCGACCCGGCCGACUGGAUGCCCGACGCCAUGAAGCAGUGGCCCACCGACGACCUCACCCAGCUGCUCGACCUCGCCGAGACCACGCUGCGUGCUUGCGUCGACCGCAUGCAGCUGCCGGCCCAGAUACUGCGCAAAGCCCGCGCUGUCGGCAUGAUCCCGCUGCCGCGCAAAAACAGCCAGCAUCCCAACGACCUGAUCCAGAUUGCCCGCGAGAGCCUCGAAGAAAUUGUGCUGACUGUCCAAAAACGGCUCGAGGUCAGCCCCGCCGGUCGCGCAGGGCGCGUGCCCUUUUGUGCCUUCAACGGCGGCCGUGACGUCUUUGUCGACAUUGGCGACAAGAGCUGGGGCGUGCUCAUCUGCCAGCACGCGCUGUUGUUCCUGGGCAAACCCGGCAUGCCGGGCUCGCUGCCACCGCCUGAGCUGCAACCUGAGGCCGUGGCCCGUCCUGGCACGACGCUGCAUGUCGGGGACCAGUUCCUCAGUGCGGGUGCCAACGAUUUCCGCGCCCGGCGUGCGGCAACAACGGCCUGGGUGGCCAAUCCGCUCGAGACUGAGGCACUUCUCGAUGAGCUGCUAGAGCUGAUUGGGUAG